AUCAGUGCAUCAAUGGCGUCGGCGUCGGAACAGCCACGCUCCAAAGAUUCGCGUGUUAGCAAAUCCGUCCCAUAAAUACCAGUAAAAUACGAUAAAUCAUCUCAAGAUGCUCAACAGUGUCAUUCAUUUGAUGUCACGAGGACGUGGAUAAAAUUUCCAGAUCACAGCGCGUGAAUCCAUGGAUGGAAGAUAAUUAGGAUACUGAGAGCCCUAAUAACCAAUGUUAAUAUAUGUGCUGGACUAGGGAACGACGCUAUCGCAGAAAACUUUCCUUAAAAAGUUUCGAAGAAGCCCAGACAUUUAAGGACAGUCUUGCACCAUUUAGAGACAGUCUCUGCCAUUAACCAGCAAUUACAACAGAAUAGAGUGAUUUUAAAGACCGAGGAGUGAUUUUGAAGUCCGAAGAAAUAUCGUUCGUUGUCAAUUAAACGAGGGUGUUAAGACAACAUACUAAUGCAUAUUUCGUGCCACAAUUGAAUAUUUCCGACGAACGCAAGUUUCAAAUAAUCAUGAUUAAUAAAGAGUAGAUCAUCCACUUCGAGGAAGUUUUCAAACUGUUGCAAGAGCCAUGAACCAAAUUUUAUCCCAGAUGCCGAAAGCGUGGCGGCGCUUAUUGAUGAACAUUGCGGUGUUCUUAUUAGUAAGCUAUUGUCUUAUUGCUUUAUUUUCCGCCCGUACAAUUACUCACACAUCAUAUGAGCAUAGAAGACCUCCAGUAGACAUAAAUUUUGCGACGGACAUGAGGCCAGGUUUGCCGUAUGUACCCGGUAGAGUCAAGCUCUUCCCCAGCGAAAACAGGUCCAUGGGACUGGCUCCAAGUUAUCCAGCGUCGUUUUUUCACACUCUUCACCCAGACCUAUUCCCAUACGUCACGGAUGACCCGGAGGGACGAAUGGAUGAACUCCUUACUUUAGACUUGGACAGCCUGUCAGAAUCGGAACUGUUGGAACGCGUACUCGAAGGUUUUACGAUACCGACAUACCAAUGUCGGAAAAUGGUCCGCAUCGGUGGAUCCUACUGCACGGGUCGGGCGGAGGCGGAAAAGGUGGUCUGUUUCGAUGCUGAUAUGCGCCCCGAGAUCGAUGACUGCUUGGUGUACUCUUUCGGGGUGGGCCACGAGCUCUCCUUCGACAUGGCAAUCGCAAAUUAUGGUUGUGAUGUCUUCGCGUUCGACUCCGAUUACAGACACAUGAGUUAUCCUAGAAAUAUUUAUCCAAGGGUGACGUUCCUAAAAGUAAGACUGGGCUGGAGAAGGGAGGUGCUUGUGCUGACCGAUCCUUCGGGGAGAUUCCCUUACGUGUAUCGACCACUACACGACCUGAAAAUUCACCUAGGCCACGCCCAAGCACAAAUAGCCUUUCUGAAAAUAGACAUUGAAAAUUCUGAGUGGGACGUCUUCGAAAAAUCUGUUUUCAAGACUCGCGUGCUGGAGAGAACCAAACAGCUGUCGCUUGAGGUGCACCUGGAUUACCUCUACCCUGAAAGCCAGUUCGACCAGCACCCGGACGGCCAGCUGGGGGGCCUACGUUCGAUAGCACGGGUUUUGCGCGGCCUGCACCAAAGAGGCUUCCGUCUGGCAUUCUACGAGCCCAACUACAACGCUCCCGUGAACCGGACGCUGCAUGGUCGCAACUUUCACAUUUACUUCGAGACUGUCUGGCUAAACACCAAGCUUUGGCCCAGCGUUACAACGAAAGCAGCUCCUGAUUUGAACUCCUUUGAUACCAUGCCGUCAGUGGGAAUAAUUCAUAACAGUGAAUGACGUUAAGUUUCAGAUGCCGAGCUAGUGGCGAUCAAAAUUUUUAAGUAAGCAUUCAUUAACGAAAAUGGAGAUUUAUUCCGUAAACCGUCCAACGACGGACUAGAGGAAAUCAAUCGACAUCAGUCUCACGCCUCUCCAAAUGUAGCUCGACCAGGGAUAGAACAUAAAUAAAUUUAUUUCAAUUUAUUACCACUUAAAAAUAAAUUAAAUUGCCACAGCAGUUAUAUCGCUAAAAUUAAUCUUCGUUACAGCUUAAAAUACAACCAACCAAUAAUGAUUAUCAAAAUAAAGCAUCAUGACGUUCUAUCAACUAUAGUUUAAAAAUCGUUAAUCUCCAUCAUUUUUUAAAUUAGAUUGUAAAAUUUUGAGAAGCAAAUGCCUCAACGUUCUUUAUUAUUAUUAAUCACUGCGUGUAUUUGCAUGCACAAUAACAAUGUUAAUGUGGUUCAUAAAUUGAACACCAACAUGACGUCAAUUAACAAGCGCUAAUCCAGUUGACGAAAAUAAUUGACUAAGUAAAAACAAUUCUCUGGUAAUUUUCUCUGCGGUGCAGUUUUGGAGGGAAACGCCGCACUGAAUUUCGAAUGACUCAGCAUUUCAAACCAACAAGUUGUUUUUGCUGAACAAGAUGGCAGGCUACUUUGAGACAUGAUCAUGCUAAUCAAUAACUCCUCGUCUAUCACACGACACAGCUGCACGUAUGGGCUUACAUUCUACUAGGAGCUAGCAGAAAGAUUUAACAGCUACGCAAGAAACGACGAGUAGACAAGAUUUAUUAAGCUACGAGCAAGCAUGUGAAAUUUUUUAUCCGAAAAUUGCAUAACAGGUGAAAAAUAUACACGUGUCAACCCAUGGUCGUAUCUGCGACUAACGAUGUAAUCACGUACAUGUAAGACAAGUUUGAGAUGACCGAAAAUGUUAUUGGAAACGCCAGUGAAUCUGGUCAACACUAAACUUACGAUAAACUGCAACAAUCGUUGAAAUGACCGGGUGUAAAAGAAAAUGCUUAAGCGACUAACCAAUUGAUAACAAAUUACACACGCUAGCCUGCGCCACAAUGAUAAAGUUUAUUCGAAUUAAAUUGCCAUUUCUUUUCAAACCAAAUCCUCUUGGCUAGUUUAGAUCAGUCCGGGAAAUAUGCAUUUUUCACUACCAUUUUAGUGUUGUAAAAGUCAAUUUAGGAAUCAAAGGAGGAAAGUUGGUUCAUAAUAUCAUGUGGCAGCAAAUUUGGUCAAAAUCAAAAUAACCCGAUUUAUCUGCACCGUGGAAACAAUUCUCUACUUGAAUGGCAAAUACAUCAAGGCGAAAAUGGGUGCAAACAAGUAUUUGCAGAAUAGCUAAACCUCAGAAUUUAUUAGAAUCAAAUGCUGUGCCAAGAAUUGAUAAAUAAAGUAAUUAAAAGAAGGACAAAUCUUUUAACGGGU